AUGGAUGUUGCAAAUGCUUGUAAGACAUCUUCUUUUGUUGAAGUGCUUCAGCUGAAAAGUUUAAAUAUUGGCUUUUCUUUAAAGUUGUUCAAUCAGAAAGCAUUCCAUGAUUUGGACGGAUGUUGUCCUGAAAAUCUUAUGGAUAUAUCUUCCAAACUUAUUGAAAAAUGUGAAGGAUUCCCACUAGCCAUUGUAGUCAUUUGUGGUCUUUUGUCUCAGAAAGAUAGAACUAAAUUUGAAUGGGAUAGGUUUAGUAAACAUGUGAAUUCAGAGUUAGAUAAAGAUUCUGGGAUAAAUCGGAUUUUAGCUCUUAGUUACCAUGAUUUGCCUUACAAUCUUAAGCAAUGUUUGUUAUAUUUUGGAAUGUUCCCUGAAGACUACGUCAAAAAGACUGAUUAG